AUGGGCCGCCUUGCGAGUUGGGCCUGGUCCCUGCUCGCAGUUCAGUUCGCCCUGCUACGUGGAGAGGAAGCAUGCUCAGAUUCAGAGCAGAUUGCGGGGGCCUCCCUGCUCUCUGCGAAGGUGACGCGGGGCCGUGUGGGAGAUCUCAGCUCUGAGCUCAACGAAUCCAUGACGGAAAUGCUCCGCGACACUUUGCAGAGGGACGCUAACGACACAUCGGGAUUCCCCGAUGCAGAAGCCAAUAGCUCGCACGAGAAUCAGCAUCAUGGCUUGGGCGGGCUAUCGAAGCCCUUCGAGUUCCUGUAUGCCAAGGUCGCGGAGCUGGAGACGGCAGUGCAGCUGCAGAAUCUGGAGAUCAAGGCCUUAUCGGAGAAGCUCGAAGAGAAAUCGCAGCAGGUGGCCGCACUGAGCGCCACGGUGGAGUUCCAUUCCCAGCUGCCAGACCACGGUCACGGUCAUAAUCCCGAGAAGCUGGCGACAAAAGUCUCGAAGGCAAAGGCUGAUGAGCGGGCAAAGCACAAGAAACAUCGCCACCAGGUCGCACAGUUGCAGAAAGAUGAGUCGGUGAAGCUGCUUCGCGCGGUGCUGGGCAAGCAUGUGCACCAGCAUCGGCAUGGAUUUGCCAAGCCAGUACCUGGGGCAAACGCAUCAGAAGCCGCAGUGGCGCCAAGAGAUGCGCGGCAGAGUUCGGCAUCUGGAGAAGGUGCAAGCGGCGAUCUGGAGUUGGACAAGAGCGUGACCUCCAAAGAUCCUUUUGGUGCCCUUUCCGAUGCCUACAACGCCGCAGCAGACCAGGUUUCUUUCGUCGCGAACACCGUUAUUGACACUGUGGAAGCGGCCAUGGCAAUUUUACUGCAAGGCUUCGAUCUGAGUGCUGGCUGCCCUCAGUCCUCCGCGCCUUCGGCCGGUGCAGACGAGAACGGAGUCAAGAUCCAUUUCGGAAGGCAGAGGUGCGAGAUGACUCUGGUUGGCCAGACGGUUCAGCUCUUUGACUUCGAUUUCGGAGAGAGGUCUUUCCCAUGGUUUGGACCCCUGGCCACCCUGGCAAAGUUGGGUUUCGCCAUCGCCGACUGUGCGACAGAGAGCGGCGCGACUGCGUUGGUUUGCUUUGCGAAAGCCUUUGGCAAGACUCUUCUCGAAGUGGUCCCGCCCUUUAGCAUGCUCACCAAGCUGAACCAGAUCAUGGAGGAGUUCAUCGCGCUCUUUGCCCUUAUGGCCGGCAAACUGAUCGAGAAAGCCUUGGGGGACAGCACAAGCCUAAUCCAAGAGGCCGUCCAAGCGAAGUUCCCCGAGGUUGGCGCCGCCGCAGUGGUGAAAAAGUACAGCAAAAACUUGGAGCUUCGCCUCAGUAGCCGCCACGGUCCCAAAAAGCACGCGGCAGCGAAGCACUCAGAGCUCUCAGCUGACCCUUCCCUGCUCCAACGCCAAGGCCGAAGGGAUGCGCUGCACAGCCGAGGGGAGGGCGAUGACAAGCCGGAGGGUGCCCUUGGCUUCGGCGCAUCGGAUUAUGUCCCCCAAGUGCACAAGCUCAUCACGCAGUUCAACGGCGUGGAGACAGACUCGGGCUCCUGCCUGGCCUUUGCCCCAAGUGUUCGAGGAGGGCCCGGAAACACGGUCCUGCCCAGGGAUUGGCAGACGCCGGGGCAGCAAAGCGACAGUGUGCCAGAGGAGUUCAUCAAGUUGGAACCUUGGGCCGUUCCGUGUACCAACGAGUGGAUGAAGGACAACCCAAGCAAGUGGGAAGGAUAUUCCUUCUACACAUGGGAAUCGCCGGUGGAAAGGUGUGCCACUGUUGUGUACAGCUUGUCACUCCAGCCUGUGAUUGCCUUCGUUGGCGGCUUGGAGUUCGACAUCAUGCCGGCACCCAUAGCCGAGGUGGAGACCCUCGUCUGCUGGCCAGAGACCCAGCCUGGCGGUGUGGACCUCAGCGCCAUAGAGAUGCACAUCAAGUCGGGCGGAGUGCCGCUGCUAACGAGAACGCUCCGCUUGAAGAAGCGCUUCGGCUCCGGCACUGACUUCAGCGGCGAGAACAUCAAAGCGACGACGGCCAGCGGGAAGCUGAACUUCGGCGUGCCCGAGGAUGGCGCCGAUGACUCGGGCCUGAAUGCCAUGUCCAGGGAGUCCUUGCUUGAGGCCAACGUGAGCCGAAGUCGCCCCCCUGGAAGUCGCCCCAGCGAAGGCUUCGCUGGCUUCGAGGUGGAGCAGACGGGCUUUCUGGCCUCCAUGGUCUACGACAUGCUGUCGGGACCCAACGUCACCGGCUCCUGGCAUGGCGCAGAGGCAGCCGAGAGGCUUCAAGCGCUCUUCCCGAAGGACUCCACCACGGGCACGUCCUUCGUGGAGUCGCAGCAAGACGAGCAUGUCCUCUUUUCGCUGACCAGCCCAAACAGCGGGCUGGUUGGCUUUGAGACCUACGGCCUCUUGAGCGACAACAAGUUGCAGUUGGGUGUGCAGCUGCAGUUUGGGCCCUUCAGCACCUCGCGGAAGACCUACACAAUCCUGGACUUGAAGGCCCAGCUCGCGGCCAUCCUCGCCGCCAUCCCCUUCAUCUCCCCGGCCAGCAAAGCUACGGCGGUGCAGGCCAUGUCGGACUUCGACUCCUUGGCAGCAACGGUGGUGCCAACCUCCCCAUUGGCAUUUUCACGCUUGGCUGAGUAUUGGAUCUUCGCAGGCGGCCAUCGGCCAGCGGAGAGAGGGAAAGCGCUCUUUUGGGACAACGGCCCCCAGACCUACCCCUUCAACGAAGACUCCAGCAAAGUGUGGCGCUUGCUUUCAGACGGGCUUGGUGAAUACUGGCUCGUAACAGGUGAUCACCAAAAUCCAUCCGGCAACAUGCUCUACCUGAAAGACAACCAGUUUCAACUGCACGCAUUCUGGGAGGUCGGCGGCACCCACAUUCACAACUUCAACUACGACGGCAGGUGCCGCUGGCUGUUGAAGCCAGCAUCGAAUGGUGAGUUUUGGCUCAUCACUGGUUCGGAAGCAGACAACCCCAAUGCCAUGCUGUACCUAAAGGGUGGCAGCUUCUGGGUACAUUCUCCAGCCUGGAACGAUCCCAGUUGCACGUGGCGUGCGGUCUCUGCUGGUGAUGGUGGCUUCUGGUUGGUGACGGCUGAGAACCAUCACGACCCAAACCAGAUGCUGUACAUCAGUGAUGGGCAAUGGAAGAGCACGGGCUUCUGGAAAGACCCCAAAACGAAGUUCCGAUUCCUGCUCAAUGGCUAA